GUCUACAACAACUCCUACACACCCAAGCAUGUCAGCGCAGGCAGGGCCCAGCACAGCAAGCGCAUCAACAACGCCAGCCGAGGCGGGCGCAACGCCCGCGUUCGAGCGGUGGCGCAAGUCGCUCGCCAACUUCACCGGCAUGGGCCUCACCCCCGAGGAGCGGGCGGACCGGGACGCACGGGCAGAGCAGGGCAAGCUCGCAAAGGACUGGGACCGGUGCGAGAAGAUGAAGCUGGAUCUCAUGGAGUCGAGCCCGAUGAUCGUGUUCAUGCUCAAGCACCUCAAGCUCGCGGGCUGCGAGUUCCCGGCCAGCUCGAUGCAGUGCCACCCUUGUGACGAGACGCGUGCGGGUGGCUUCUCGCCCGACUAUGGAAUCCUCCUCUGCCAGAACCGCUUCAUGAACAAGAAGCACAUGGAGGACACGCUCGCGCACGAGAUGAUCCACGCGUUUGACCACUGCCGGUUCAAGGUGGACUGGAACAACCUGCGGCAUCACGCAUGCACCGAGAUCCGCGCGGCCAACCUGUCCGGCGACUGUCGCUUCUCGCGAGAGUUCCAGCGGGGAAACUAUGCCUUCUCCAAGCAGCACCAGGUGUGCGUCAAGCGCCGCGCCGUGCUGUCGGUGCAGGCUCACCCGGCGUGCAAGACGCCUGAGCAGGCCGAGCAGGCAGUCAACGAGGUGUGGGAGAGCUGUUUCAAGGACACGAUGCCGUUUGACGAGAUUUACUAGACGCAUCAAAGAUUCAUAGACCAUGCCGCUGGGGCCCAGCCGUCGGCACACCGCUUAUCGGACCAUGUAUUUGUAACCGCUC